UUUGAAUUUUGGGAAAAUGGCCAAAAACUAUGGAUUUUUUCUUGUUUGCAUUCUUGUCAUGGUCAUGGAUAUUGUUGCCGGCAUACUUGGAAUUCAAGCAGAAAUAGCUCAAAACAAGGUGAAGGAUUUGAAGAUGUGGAUAUUUGAGUGUAGGGACCCUAGUUAUGAAGCUUUCAAGCUAGGACUUGCUGCUGCUAUUCUCUUGGCCUUCGCUCAUGUAAUUGCUCACUUGUUUGGUGGGUGCAUUUGCGUGCGGUCCAAAGAAGAAUACCAAAGAGCCACAACCAAUAGGCAAUUAGCCGUGGCAUUUCUCAUUUUCUCAUGGAUAGUAUUAGCAGUUGCAUUCUGCAUGCUCAUCAUAGGCACACUAGCCAACUCAAGAUCAAGAGAAUCGUGUGGGAUAUCAAACCAUCGGUUUCUAUCCAUUGGAGGGGUUUUAUGUUUCAUUCACGGAUUGUUCACUGUUGCUUAUUAUGUUUUUGCAUCGGCAACAACAAGGGAAGAAAAGAGACAAGGAGUAGGCCACACUUAA